GCGCGCGCACAGCAGCCGGGUGCAGCCGCCGCCGCCGCAGCGCCAGGAGCCGCCGCCCGAACCGCCGCCCGCAGCCUCCGCGCCCUCCCCCGGCCCCGCGAAGAUGGUGGACCGCGAGCAGCUGGUGCAGAAGGCCCGGCUGGCCGAGCAAGCCGAGCGAUACGACGACAUGGCGGCCGCCAUGAAGAACGUGACCGAAUUGAAUGAGCCUCUCUCCAAUGAAGAGAGGAAUCUUUUGUCUGUAGCCUAUAAAAAUGUAGUGGGGGCACGGCGCUCUUCUUGGCGAGUAAUUAGCAGCAUUGAGCAGAAGACAUCUGCUGAUGGUAACGAGAAGAAGAUAGAAAUGGUACGGGCCUACCGUGAGAAAAUAGAGAAGGAGUUGGAAGCUGUGUGCCAGGAUGUGCUGAGCCUGCUAGACAACUACCUGAUCAAGAACUGCAGUGAGACGCAGUACGAGAGCAAAGUCUUUUACCUGAAGAUGAAAGGGGACUAUUACCGCUACCUGGCCGAAGUGGCCACUGGUGAGAAGAGGGCGACUGUGGUGGAGUCUUCUGAGAAAGCCUAUAGCGAAGCUCAUGAGAUCAGCAAGGAGCACAUGCAGCCGACCCAUCCCAUCAGGCUCGGCCUGGCACUUAACUACUCAGUUUUCUACUACGAGAUCCAGAACGCUCCGGAGCAGGCCUGCCACCUGGCCAAGACGGCGUUCGACGAUGCGAUUGCUGAGCUGGACACCCUCAACGAGGACUCCUACAAGGACUCAACGCUGAUCAUGCAGCUCCUUCGCGACAACCUAACGCUCUGGACAAGCGAUCAGCAAGACGACGACGGUGGAGAAGGCAACAAUUAGACCCCCAGAUGGACUGGCAGCCGCACGCUGAUGCUAACUACUGCAGUCUUUAUUUUUUUUCCCACGAGUGGGGGGGGUCAGGGGUGGGGGAGGGAAAGGAAGGGGACACCUUCCCAGGGAGGCCCCCCACAACCUGUCUUUGAUUGCCUCUUUGACAUUUUUGCCAAAACACCACUAGUGGAAGUCAGGCUGGCUGUGCUGGUAUGGAAUAGCAGCCUCACUGGCAUAUGGACUGUUCUGUAGAUUAUUAAUACAAGUGGAGCUGUCUUUAAUUUAACUUUAUUGCUAGAAAUAAAAGGGUUUUAAGAUGAAAUAACUUGAAUGGAAUGGCCCUCGUUUUUAAGAAAAGCAACACAAAAAGGAAGUUCUGUGGUUCCAGUAAGGCUUACGUGCGUUUGUUUCUUCAGUUCAAGUGCCGUGUGUUUGUUACCAGGUAGCAGGGUGUCUCUCUGGAGUGCUCUGCCUGUCAGGGCAUGGCUUAAAAUCCCCAAACUGAAAAGGAAUAUUAAAAAAAAAAAAAAUAAAAGGAUUUGGGACUUGUAAAGCCCCAGGAUUUAGGCCACUUAACCUUUUUGUUAAGAUAUUUAUUAGGGUAGCUUACAGUAUUAACACUAAAAUGCAGUUUACAGUAUUUCUACAUUACAGCCAUAUGACAUCAAGCCUUUGACUGUCUGUUUUCUUUUGCUAGUUCUUUUGGCUUGCCUUCCUAAUCAGUCCUCGCCUGUGGACUGGCUUAGCUAUUCUGUGUCGCCCAAGGCAAGAAGACUGCCCACCCGAGGAACAUCAAAGCUGCUCUAGUUUUUUGGUCAACAGCUUAACAGGUGCUUGGCUAGCGGCUGUUUAAACUAUUUUAGUCCACAGCAAAAGGUUUAAGAACUUAAUUAGAAAAGGGGGAAGUGUUUAAACUAAAAUGCCACUAAAUAAAAGAGAAUUCAGGUCUGUAUGUCAUGUACUGUGUUUGGUAUUUCAAAGACCAUCCUGAUUUAAGGUGCCACAGCUGCUUCCUCAGGGAUUGCACUGCCAUUUCACUCUGCCUGACUUUCUCCCACUGUACCAUGAGGUUUGUCAGCAGAUCUCUGGCACCUAAGCUCCCUUGUUUGUCACCAGGGAAGCUGGGUGUGUUCUCUUUCUCCUGAGGAAGCUUGUGGUGUAAUGAGUGAACUUCAGGAGCUUAGAAACUAAUUUGGUAGAGAAAUCCACAAGGGAAGAGCUACAAUCAUAGACAUUUCUAUCAAACAUCGGGAGCCCAGGAACUUAGUUCUCUUAACAAAAUCUUUUCCAAGUCUGUGCUAUUUGACUGGGGGUGGGAGAUGGGGCACCUGAAUUGCUUAGCAGGUAAUAUUUACCCCAUUUUGAGUAAAUUUUUUUACAUGACUGUUGGAAGUUCACUGCUGUUCUCCUUGGCUUGCGGAGUGCUGUACCACGUAGCUUUUUAACUAAAGCUACGCGGUAGGGAAAACUGCACUCAUGCAUUUUUAAAACAGGCUUUCAUCGUCCCUCUUGAGAGUCAGUCCGUAAGCAGAGCAUCGUGGUGUUGCACACGCAGUACAGUCAGUUCUGUUGCUCGGUUGCCCGAGGAGUCUGGCACGACUGGACUUGGCUCCAGCUCUGGCCCCUCAGCAGCAGUCAAACGAAGCUUUUACCCCCCUCCCCUUUUAAGGGAGCGAGCAGCGAUGAGCACGUAGCUGAUGGUGGUAGUGAGGUUGCCCCGAUGAUGCUAGCAGAGGCGCGGGAGCCUCGCUCGCGGCAGCCGCGUGUACUGCGUGCAACACCCUGCCGCUUGCCGGGGUGACUCCAGCCGGCCGCCGCCUCCGCGGGCUCGCCGGCCCGGCGAGCCGCUCGCAGCUUAGGGAGCUGACAGAAACCUGCCGUAAACGCCAUGGACUGGAAGAUUUAUUUAGGCUUCUUAACUUUAUUUGAUUUACCUUCAUGUCCAGUGAGCAGUGUUGUCCCAGCUGUAUAAUUUGGAAGUGAUUUACUGGAAUUACAAAACCCAUGUUUAUUUUCAGCUUUUGCUCUGGCUGCUUUAGAGAAAUUAAGCAGGAAAGAUCGCACAAGAGGGCUAAAAAUGGAGUGGGGUGGGGGACUUGAUUUUUAAGCAGCUUGAAUGGUUUCUUUCAUUUUUUAAGAAAUGCACUUGCCUAUGAUACUGUCUCUCCAGUGAAAUGAUUACUGCUCCAUUACUCUAUUGAUACAAUAUUGUGCAUGCUAGUGUCGUAUUUCUAUACAGUAGCUUGAAAUUUAUUAACUUAUACUGUAGAUGUUAUGUAUUCCUAUGACAAAAAUAGUCUUCAAAAAUUUUUUAAAGUUUUUUAAUUUAUUUUUCUUUUGGGGGUAAAGUUUGCUCUACCAAAUAGUGAUCGUAACAAACUGAUCUGUUAUGGAUGUUGCUAUAGUGACAUGCAAUUAUAUAUGAUUUUGUUUUUAAAAAGGAAAAAAGCAAAAGAAAACACCAGUGUUAGCUUAAUCUUAAUGUCUGGUGUUCGUCAUGGUGAAAUUAUAACUAUUACAGUGUAGGAGAACAAUGACUGUGUUCUUUGAAUGAGCCUUUGUUUGUGCUUUUUGUCAUGUUAUGCAGUGAACUAUUUUUAAGGUCUAAUCAGUGAUUAUUUUUCCAACUCCGUGUUUCUGUAAGGAAUUAUUUCACACACGGACCAUUCUUAGCGGUUUUCCUCAGUGAUGGAAUAUCAUGAAUGUGAGUCAUUAUGUAGCCGUCGUACAUUGAGCAAAUAAACUUACAGAUCUGA